AAAAAAAAAAAAAAAAGAGAGAGAAGAAGAAGAUGGGAGAUUUAGGGAAGGGAUACAAGCUAGUGUUCCUGGGCGAUCAAGGCGUAGGCAAAACAAGCAUCAUCACUUGUUUCAUGUACGGUAAAUUUGACACCAGUUAUCAGGCUACAAUUGGGAUAGACUUUUUGUCCAAAACAAUGCGCUAUGAAGAUAGGACUUUUCGUCUGCAAUUGUGGGAUACAGCAGGACAAGAGAGAUUUAAAAGCCUUGUACCAAGUUAUAUCAGAGAUUCUUCUGUUGCUGUUAUUGUCUAUGAUGUUGCCAGUAAGCAAUCAUUUUUAAACACCUCAAAGUGGAUUGAAGAAGUUCGUGCAGAAAGAGGAAGUCAUGUCAUUAUUGUUCUUGUUGGUAACAAAACCGAUCUUGUUAAUAAACGGCAAGUUUCAAUAGAGGAAGGGGAUAAUAAAGCUCGUGAGUUUGGAGCUUUGUUCAUGGAGACUAGUGCUAAAGCUGGAUUCAACAUUAAGCCUUUGUUCUGUAAGAUCACAUCUGCGUUACAAGGAAACGAGGCAGUUUCUUGGACGAAACAAGAGGAUUUAGUGGAUAUUGAUCCAAAGAUUCUAAGAGGUGUUGCAAUUGAGCACCAACAUGAUGCUGAUGAAGCUGCUUCUCUUGUUAUUUCUGAGAUUUUUCCUUUCUCUUCCCCUAAUUCCAAUCAACCCCGCAGCAAGAACAAGACCAAGAUCUCCGAUUAUCCCCCUAACUUGAAAGUAGAAGCUGACGAUGGGAGUUUGUCUCUGUCUCAAUGGCUUCAACCAUCUAAGCUUCCACAUAGUUACCUUGCUUUGCUCAACGAAGAAUCUACACCUGAUGUCAAACCUCCUCCCGAUUACGUCGUUGAGAAAGUGGUUCUGCCAAGUCGUGGCUCUGCAGCUGGUGUAGGAGGAGGAAUCCGUACCAUGUACUCUUCUGAUAACAUUGGUGGUUCUUCCUUGGUGAAACCUUCUAUUCGUGUCCAAAGCCGCACCAACUAUGAACUCUCUGGAAGCAGCAGUAAGGCUCAUGUGGGUAGACGAUCCUCUCGCAAGUCUGCGCAGCCAUGGUCCCCAGACUACUCUCAGAAGCUGAGAAGUUGGAAAAAACGGAACAACAACAACAACCGUGACUUCUCACAGCUCUUUGGCAAUUACAGAGAUGUACCCUCGAAGAAAUCCAACAAAAACAAGUACAGAUGUUAUACCAAUGAGCGUGAGCGCAAGCAGAGAAUUGACGAUAACAUCAAGGCAUUAGGGACAUUGCUCCCACAUAAAGUUGAGGAUGAUAACCCUGAAUUGACAUUGAAUGCCAUUGUUGAUCAUGUUAAGCUUCUGCAGCUACAGAUGAAGGAAUUAAGUCGAAGCAGACUGGGAGAACCAGUAUCUCAUCCUAUGACAUUCAUUGAGGGAUACGGUCACUACAUACAUCACGAGCAGACGGUGACAAAAUCUCUAGAGGAAGUAAUGGAAGAUAUGCUUACAAAUGACUUUGAUGCUGCGGCUAACUUGGUGGAGAGCAAAGGACUAUACUUGAUGCCUUUGCCCUCUAUCCCAACAGCUAUUGAAUCCAUUUCGUUCUUGGGUCUUGCUGAAAGUUUUCGAUUUGCUCAAAUUUGUCGAAUUUGCCAUCGAAAACCCAGUAAAAUGCGUGGCCUUGAUCGAUGGAUAGCUGAAGCAAUCAGAUCAGAGUCUUUGGAUCACAAUGGUCAAAUCCUCGGUGGAUUGUUUCUCCACGAAUCUGUUCCUUCCUCGUCUGUCUCUUUUAUUUCAUCUAAGGAUUGUUCCGUCAAUUCGUGUCGUUUCAGUCAAAAGUCGAGCUUUUUGAAGUUUAGGAGACGAAACGGGACCAGGGGACCUUUGUUUCUGUCUGUUAGUUUAUCGAUUAAGGAGAGUAAUGGUGAGGAAGAAGAAGGUGAAGGGUAUAAUAGUCAAAACGGUUUUAAAUCGGAGAAAGGUUUGGUGUUGAUCGGUGGUGGUCAAGAAGCCAAGGAGAAGCUUAUGGUUAAGGAAAAUGGAACAGGAGCUCUCAACACCACCAAGCAUUUAUGGGCUGGAGCUUUUGCAGCCAUGGUUUCAAGAACUUGCAUUGCACCUCUUGAGCGGAUGAAGCUAGAAUACAUUGUUCGUGGAGAACAAGGGAAUCUUCUUGAACUCAUUCAGAGGAUUGCAACAAAUGAAGGGAUUAGAGGCUUUUGGAAAGGGAAUUUGGUUAAUAUUCUCAGAACUGCUCCCUUUAAGUCCAUCAACUUCUAUGCAUAUGAUACAUAUAGAGGCCAGCUUCUGAAAUUAUCCGGGAACGAAGAAACUACAAAUUUCGAGAGGUUUGUUGCUGGUGCAGCUGCCGGAGUAACAGCUAGUUUGCUUUGUCUACCACUUGAUACUAUAAGAACGGUUAUGGUGGCACCCGGUGGAGAGGCAUUAGGUGGUGUAGUUGGUGCAUUCCGUCACAUGAUUCAAACCGAAGGUUUCUUUUCCCUAUACAAAGGUCUUGUACCUUCACUUGUUAGUAUGGCUCCAUCGGGAGCUGUGUUCUACGGUGUCUAUGAUAUUUUAAAAUCAGCUUACCUUCAUACACCGGAAGGUAAGAAACGGCUUGAACACAUGAAACAAGAAGGUGAAGACCUUAACGCUUUCGACCAACUCGAGCUUGGUCCCAUGAGAACUUUGUUAUAUGGAGCAAUCGCAGGGGCUUGCUCUGAAGCAGCGACUUAUCCGUUUGAAGUUGUGAGAAGGCGUUUACAAAUGCAGUCACAUGCGAAAAAGUUAAGCGCUGUGGCUACUUGUGUGAAGAUCAUUGAACAAGGAGGUGUUCCUGCUCUAUAUGCUGGCUUGAUUCCCAGCUUAUUGCAGGUUUUGCCUUCCGCAGCGAUCAGUUACUUUGUUUACGAGUUCAUGAAAGUUGUUCUGAAAGUAGAAUCAGCAUAAGACAAGAAAGCUAUGAGAAAAGACACAAUUACUGCCACUGGGCUUUCUGCUGGAGCCGCUUCAGAGAAGAGAUUUUUCGUUUUUUUUUGGGUUUUACACUGAUCCGAGAAGUUUUUUUCCACUGUAGGUUGUGAAACGUUUUUUUUGCAAGAAAUAAUAAGAUUUGGAAAUUCCA